AUGGAUAUUUUCGACUACGAAAUUACAAAGCCAAGGACACCCCAACCCCCAGAAGAUGGGGGGUCCUCUGCUGCAGGUCUGACCACUAUUGAUGGAACAGGGGCCCAAACACCCACCCUCAAUGAGGAGGUCAAUCAAGCGCUGGGCCAACUCAGCCGAUUUUGGGGAGGGUUCAGGAGGCAGGCAUGUCUCCGAAGUCAGAGCGCGUUCGAGGCUGCGCGCAAGGACUUUGGUACGGUCGUCAGCCAAGCCCGCACCGAGCUCGGCAAGAUCGCGACAGAGGUUACCUCAACCUCGACAUCUUCCACUAUUAGUGCGAAUGCAACAGCCAAUAGCUCCUCACCAACCCGCGACGUGAAAGGGAAAGGAAAGGAGACAGAGACUAUCGAUGCGGUCGAGACAGAACCAUUAGAGAAAGGGAUUGAGCAAUCCGAAGCAAGUGUGCCAACGUCCCCCACUUCUUCGAGCAUUUUUUCUCGGCUGCAAGCUCAGCUGCCACCAAACCUUCAACCCAAUGCAAUAUCGUCUGCUAUCUCUGCUGCUCGCUCACACUCUACCCUUCCCAGCGUCGAUUUCAAUCAGCUUCGUUCAUCCGUCACCGCUAAUAUCCAGCAAGCACAAACGAAUCUAAACUUCAGUGAAGCUGAGAAGCUUGCUGAAAGCUACUUGUCGAAAUUGAAGGCGGGUACUGAAUCCUUUGCUAAGGAUGCGGGAGAUUUCUUUAAAGAAGCGGUGAAAGUCGUUCCGCCCGAAGAAGGUGUGAGCACGCAUGAGAUGCCCAUCGUGUCUGGAACAGAUGUAUGGCUUUUCCCCUCGCCUAUUGGCACCACCGGUUGGGGCGCUGGUACGAUCCAGAAGUCUGAAGGGACUGGGACACCCCGCGCGUCGACGUCUAUUUCCCCACCCGCUCGUUCUCUGGAUGCGCGUGGAGGUGCAACACGAUCUGAGGCUCUUCUUCGCCUCUUGAAAUACGAUCCUGAUCUCAUUAGGCUUGAUCCUGCUCAAGAUGAGGACAUAAGUAGUGUUUUCGAGAAAUUUGUGAAGGAGGAUGUGGAGAAGAACGGAGGGAUAUCGGGAGAGACCUACAUUGACAAGAUCUCUACUGUACUUGCUCCAGGCCCCAAUGGUUUAUUGGAUGCGGAUGCGAAAGCUCUCAUCGACACUCGGGACGUAUUGGUCCCCUCGGAAAUGUCCAACGAUGUGUUUUGGACCCGGUAUUUCUUCCGGGUGCAUCAAGUCACGAAGGAAGAGGAGAAGCGCAAGGCAUUACUUGCAGACGCGGUCCAAGGGGAAGAGUUGUUCAGCUGGGAAGACGACGAAGAUGAGCACAUUCCCUCUACUCCGCCAGCCUCAAAACCUCCCGCAGACCUUGUGGAGGAAACUGCCAACCCAUUGUCUCAAGCUCCGUCUAACCCUGCCGUCAGCUCGUUGGGCACCAGUAGGCGCACCUCGGAAGAUAGUUAUGAUGUGAUCGACGGAGCGAGGCUCCAAUCGCCUGCGCCGCAGCCCAGCAAGUUGAGUGAGGAACUGGCCUCCAAGACUCCUUCGGCAAGAGCGGGCAACGGCGACUCCGACAGCGAUUGGGAAUAA